ACCAGACCUUUCGGGUCCAGAAUCCAGAAGACGCGCGUGCCAGUACAUGACUCCGACGGUCGCGCGGCGGCUGCUCUCUUCGCCGGGAGCGCGUCUCAUCUCGGGAGCGCGCGCCAGCGAUCCAAGGACAGAGCGGCGGGCGCGCGAGCAUCAGGUCACCUGAAAGUCCUCCGUCAUCACGAGCCCGAACAGAGCCGCCCGAACCGGAACCGCAGGUCCUGCAGACACGAACCGGAGCCGAACCGGGAUUCGGCGGCCGGGUCGGAGCUGAUGGAUCGGCGCUGAAUCAACAGGACGAGGCGGUUCCGCGUCCGUGUCAGUGGGUCGCGCUCCGAACACCGACAAACCCAGUCCCCGUCAGCUCUGCUCACACGGAACCGAGCAGGACCAGAACCUGCAACAAAUCAGGAGAACCUGACAGAACAGGGGCACCGAAUCGGAGCGUGACCCGACUGGUCCAGACUGGGAGGAGUACCGAGCAGACGGUGGAUCAACAGGAGAGCGACGGAGCCAGAACCAGGACCAGAACCAGGACCAGGACCUGUAGCUGCAGCGGCAUCAUGGAGAUGCGCGGCGUGCUGCUGCUGGCCGUGCUGCACUGCUGCUCGGUGGCGCUGUGCGGCUGCGAGCCUCGCCUGGUCAACGUGGGCGCCGUCCUGAGCCAGAAACGCUACGAGCAGGUGUUCAAGGAGGCGGUGAGUCAGGCCAACGCUCUGUACGGCAAGGACAAGUUCAAGAUGAACGCCAUCUCCGUCACGCACAAGCCCAACGCCAUCCAGAUGGCGCUGUCCGUCUGCGAGGACCUCAUCUCCAACCAGGUGUAUGCCAUCCUGGUCAGCCAUCCUCCACAGCCCAACGAUCACCUGACUCCAACACCUGUGUCCUACACGGCCGGGUUCUACCGGAUCCCAGUGGUGGGCCUGACGACACGCAUGUCCAUCUACUCCGACAAGAGCAUCCACCUUUCAUUCCUGAGGACGGUGCCUCCGUACUCCCACCAGGCCCAGGUGUGGUUCGACCUGAUGAGGGAGUUCAGGUGGAACCACAUCAUCCUGAUCGUCAGUGACGACCACGAGGGCCGAGCCGCCCAGAAGAAGCUGGAGACGCUGCUGGAGGAGCGAGAGACCAAGACUAAAAACAGGAACUAUGAAAACCUCGACCAACAGAACUUUGACUUCAGGAGAACACCCAAGGCGGAGAAGGUGCUGCUCUUCACCCAGGACACCAACCUGACGGCGCUGCUGCUGGAGGCCAAAGACCUGGAGGCUCGAGUCAUCAUCCUGUCAGCCAGCGAGGACGAAGCUGCUGCUGUGUACAAAGCGGCCCGACAGCUAAACAUGACCGGUUCUGGUUACGUGUGGCUGGUCGGAGAGAGGGAGAUGAGCGGCAAAGCGCUGAGCGAAGCUCCUGAUGGCUUGUUGGGCCUCCAGCUGAUCAAUGGUAAGAACGAGUCGGCUCACAUCAUGGACGCCGUGGCGGUGGUUGCUCAGUCUCUGCAGGAGCUGUUUGAGAAGGAGAACAUCACAGAGCCUCCUCGGGGCUGUGUGGGGAACACCAACAUCUGGAGGACCGGGCCACUCUUUAAACGGGUGCUGAUGUCAUCAAAGUACCCAGAUGGCCUGACGGGACGGAUCGAGUUCAACGACGACGGCGACCGCCGCUUUGCUACCUACAGCAUCAUGAACAACCAGAAAGCAGGUCGAGUCGUCUCGGUUGGAGUCUUCAACGGCACACAGGUUGUGAUGAGUCCUCAGAGGAAGAUCAUCUGGCCUGGAGGAGAGACGGAGAAACCAGUUGGAUACCAGAUGUCCACCAGGCUGAAGAUUGUGACCAUUCACCAGGAGCCGUUCGUUUACGUAAAGCCGACAAAGAGCGACGGGAUGUGCAAAGAAGAAUACACCGUCAACGGAGUUCUGAUCAAGAAGGUGAUCUGCACCGGACCCAACGGGACCAUUCCAGGUCAGCCCAUUGUCCCCCAGUGCUGCUAUGGGUUCUGCAUCGACCUCCUCAUCAAGCUGGCCAUGAGCAUGAACUUCACCUACGAGGUUCACCUGGUGGCUGAUGGCAAGUUCGGCACGCAGGAGCGAGUGAACAACAGCAACAAGAAGGAGUGGAACGGGAUGAUGGGGGAGCUGCUGGGAGGCCUGGCCGACAUGAUCGUGGCCCCCCUCACCAUCAACAACGAGCGCGCUCAGUACAUCGAAUUCUCCAAGCCCUUCAAAUACCAGGGGCUCACCAUCCUCGUCAAGAAGGAAAUCCCUCGCAGCACUCUGGACUCGUUUAUGCAGCCGUUCCAGAGCACACUGUGGCUGUUAGUCGGUCUGUCGGUCCAUGUGGUGGCAGUGAUGCUUUACCUAUUAGACCGGUUCAGCCCGUUUGGAAGGUUUAAAGUGAACAGUGAAGAAGAAGAAGAAGACGCCCUCACCCUGUCCUCCGCCAUGUGGUUCUCGUGGGGAGUUCUGCUGAACUCUGGGAUCGGAGAAGGGGCUCCCAGGAGCUUCUCAGCCAGGAUCCUGGGGAUGGUGUGGGCGGGGUUCGCCAUGAUCAUCGUAGCAUCGUACACUGCCAAUCUGGCAGCCUUCCUGGUGCUGGACCGGCCUGAGGAGCGCAUCACUGGCAUCAACGACCCCAGGCUGCGUAACCCGUCAGAUAAGUUCAUCUACGCCACAGUGAAGCAGAGCUCGGUGGAUAUCUACUUCAGACGGCAGGUGGAGCUGAGCACCAUGUACCGGCACAUGGAGAAGCACAACUACGAGAGCGCCGCCGAGGCCAUCCAGGCUGUCCGAGACAACAAGCUGCACGCCUUCAUCUGGGACAGCGCCGUGUUGGAGUUCGAGGCGUCGCAGAAGUGCGACCUGGUGACGACGGGGGAGCUGUUCUUCCGCUCCGGCUUUGGGAUCGGAAUGAGGAAAGACAGUCCCUGGAAGCAGAACGUCUCUCUGGCCAUUCUCAGUUCCCAUGAGAACGGCUUCAUGGAGGAUCUGGACAAGACGUGGGUUCGAUACCAGGAGUGCGACUCCAGAAGCAACGCGCCCGCCACCCUUACCUUCGAGAACAUGGCAGGUGUGUUCAUGCUGGUUGCCGGCGGCAUCGUCGCAGGGAUCUUCCUCAUCUUCAUCGAAAUCGCUUACAAACGACACAAAGAUGCACGCAGGAAACAGAUGCAGCUGGCCUUCGCCGCUGUUAACGUGUGGAGGAAGAACCUGCAG